CUCUCUCUCUCAGUUCUCUUUGUGCUAGUGGCACUGGUGUGCCUGGACCUCCAUGCCCGCGUUUCCUCGGCGCCCAUCUGUGCCAACGGCCGCGUCGGCUGCCACAUCCUCCCUCUGUCCGACCUCUUCGACCGGGUCAUCCAGCACUCGGCGAGGGUGCACGGUCUCUCCAGCGACCUGCACUCCGACUUUGAGCAGCAUUUUCUGCCCAGCAAAAACCACAUAGGCAAAGCUUUUCCAAGAUGCCACACAUCCAGCAUACUAACACCCAAUGGAAAAGAGAAUGCACAGAAACUGGCUCGUGAGGAAUUAACAGAGAUCAUCUUGAAGCUUCUGGUAGCCUGGAGGGACCCCUUGUGGAAGCUGCACCACAGCAUGGCUAACGAGCCUGACCACUUCAGCAGCCUGAACAGCAACAAGGCGCUGGACAUGAGCGACAUGGUUCACGAGCUCCGCAAGGGCGUCGAGAAAGUCGCCGAGAGGAUGCAGAACUUGGGGAUGAUCAGUAACUCUGUGAGUGGGGUCCUGUCCCCCGAGGCCUUCUUGCCCUCUGCGGAGCACGGCGAGGCCAAGGCUCUGGCCAACUACGACCUGCUCUACUGCUUCCGCAGGGACUCCAACAAGGUCCAGAAUUACCUGAAGAUCCUCAAGUGCAGGAUCGUACCUGAGCAUGACUGCUAA